UCAAAGGAAGGCAGAAGAAACCAUAGACCCACAGAGGGAGUCAAAAACACGUCGAUUUCGCAGCAAUUUUGCACAGUUAUGCUGUGGUUCUUUGUAAUUGGGAUAGCAUGUACUUCAGGAUCGAGUAUCAGAUCAAGUGAGAGAUAUCGACGAUUUGUCAACAGUCGAGAUGCCAAAAAGGAGGAAUGGAAGUUUCACGCAAAAUUCAAGUACAACCACGCGGCCAACGUUGCUUGGAAGACCUGUUCUGGAGCACUGAUCGAAUCUCGAUGGCUCCUUACUGCUGCGCAUUGCGUCAGAAACAGAGAAUCCAUCAACAUAAACGCAAGCGAUUUCUCUGUCAUAUUGCAUGAAGGCGUGGACAGAGUGGUCGAGCAUGCGGUAGCUCACUUCUACACACCACCAUACCCAAAUGUUGAGCAUACAAGAAUGAUGUUUGACAAUGACAUUGCCCUCGUUCAGCUGGAAAAAGAGGCACCGGAGUUCAUGGAAAAAAUUCAGUACAGAAGCACUCCAAGAAGACUGUUCAACUGUACAGCGGCAGGUUGGGGAGCAACAAAGCAAAUGACUCGCGAUGAUUACAAAACUGGAAACUAUCAUCUAGCAAAAAAACUAAAGGAGAUUGAUGGUUCAGUGGUUGACUUCAAAACAUUUUGCAAAGGUUUUGAGCCAAGUAAAAAGAUAUGCUUUGCAAAAACAGACAAGGACAUGAUUUUCACAAACGGAGGCUGUAUCGGUGAUUCUGGAUCCCCCAUUGUCUGUGAAUCAGAGAAAGGCAAAUUUCUCUUAGGAAUCAGUAUUGGUGGGGACAUUGAAUGCAAGCCAAAUGCAGUGAUAGCCACUGACGUCAGAGCCUGGGUCAGAUGGUUAGCAAGCAGAUUAUACAAAUAAGAAUAUAUGGCUAACUACUCAAAUAUAUGUCAAUGUGUUAAAAAACAUGCAGUGAAAUAUUAUGUUCUGUUUAAUGAUAAAAUAAAGCAAACGCUUUUGUGAAUCCUUUCGAGAUAAUUCUAACAAACAUGACUGUUGCUUGUUGAAGAAAGUAGAAUGAAAAAC